AUGAAUCACCGCUCUCACCAUCACUGCGCUAGCCACCGGCUUAGCGCGUCGCAUCCGCUGACGACUACCAGCCGGCUCUCCGGAGCACUUGCCGCACAGGAAGACCACCGCACCCAUUGCCGACACACUUGCUUCCGACCCGACCGUCAACAAUCCUCUUCUCCUGUGGAGGAUGCUGCUGCAGCUGCCAACACGGAGCAUGAUGUCGACGAUGACAGCAAGAAGGUCAAGGAGUGGUGGGGACGACCGGGAUAG